CGGCUGGUAUCGACAGCACAGGGCCUGGUUAUAUAAAGGUGAAGAGGGGCAGCUGGCACCUCUUGCACUUUCUUGCGGAGCGCGACGCAACGGACAGUCACUGUCGAGCACUAUGGCUCGCCGCGCGUACCUGUACCUUGGCGUAUUAUUACUUGCCUACUCCGUGUUAGGUGAGUCGAGAGUCAAACGUCAGGAUGAUGAUGGUGACGAGGUGAACCCUGAACAGCUCUGUGAUGGACGUCCUCCAGACGAAUACUUCCGCCUUAGCACAGAAGGAGACUGCCGCGAUGUUGUCAGGUGCGACAAGGGUGCUGAGAAUGGAGUGACCAGACUAGCGUCCGUCAAGUGUCCCGGAGGUCUAGGCUUUGAUAUCGACCGUCAAACAUGUGACUGGAAAACCAAUGUUAAGAAUUGCGAUAAACUAGAAAAGCCAAGAAAAGUGCUGCCACUUUUGAAGACAGAUGAACCUAUCUGCUCCGAAGGCAAGUUGGCCUGUGGCAGUGGGGAUUGUAUUGAAAAGGAGCUGUUUUGUAACGGAAAAUUUGAUUGCAAGGACGAAUCAGACGAGAAUGCUUGCACCGUCGAUUUAGAUCCGAACAGAGCACCUGACUGUGAUCCUAACCAAUGUGUUCUUCCUGACUGCUUCUGUUCCGCUGAUGGCACUCGCAUUCCUGGGGGUCUUGAAGUCAACCAGGUUCCUCAGAUGAUCACGAUCACCUUCAAUGGAGCUGUUAACGUAGACAACAUCGAUCUGUAUGAGCAAAUCUUCAACGGAAACAGACUAAACCCUAAUGGUUGCCAGGUUCGGGGAACAUUCUUCGUCUCCCACAAAUAUAGUAACUACGCCGCUAUACAAGAGUUACAUCGUAAGGGACAUGAAAUCGCUGUAUUCUCCCUCACACACAAAGAUGACCCACAAUACUGGUCCAGUGGUACCUACGAUGACUGGUUGGCUGAGAUGGCCGGUGCCCGUCUUAUCGUUGAGAGGUUCGCCAACAUAACGGACGCUUCCAUCAUCGGAGUCCGUGCACCAUACUUGCGUGUAGGUGGUAACAAGCAAUUCGAAAUGAUGGCUGACCAAUAUUUCGUCUACGAUGCUUCCAUAACUGCCCCUCUUGGCCGAGUUCCAAUUUGGCCCUACACCUUGUACUUCCGUAUGCCACACAAGUGUAACGGUAACGCUCACAACUGUCCGUCAAGAAGCCACCCUGUAUGGGAAAUGGUAGUGAACGAGUUGGACAGACGUGAUGACCCUACAUUUGAUGAGUCCCUUCCGGGUUGUCACGUUGUCGAUUCUUGUUCCAACAUUCAAACCGGUGACCAAUUCGCCCGCCUUCUGCGUCACAACUUCAACCGUCACUACAGUACCAACCGUGCCCCUCUUGGUCUUCACUUCCACGCCUCAUGGCUUAAAUCCAAGAAAGAAUUCAGAGAUGAGCUCAUCAAAUUCAUCGAAGAAAUGCUUACCAAGAGCGAUGUUUAUUUCACAUCACAAAUUCAAGUUAUCCAAUGGAUGCAAAACCCUACUGAAGUGUCUUCACUCCGAGACUUCCAAGAAUGGAAAAAUGACAAAUGCGACGUCAAGGGACAACCCUUCUGUUCCUUACCAAACGCAUGCCCCUUGACAACACGAGAGUUACCAGGAGAGACCCUUCGUUUGUUUACAUGUAUGGAGUGUCCCAAUAACUACCCAUGGAUUCUGGAUCCCACAGGAGAGGGUUUCAACGUGAAGAAGUGAUCUCUUAAGUUAAAAAAAGACUGUACAGGUGUAAAUAAUACUCAGUAAUUUUAUUGAAUACAAUGUAUAGUGACUUGGGUGACGAACGGCACUGACCUGAUUAAUUAUUGUUUUCAAUGCCUAUUUAUAUGAAAUCUUAGUGCCGGUGUUUGAAAAAGGUGGAGUUAAUGUCACUCUGCUACAAAGACAAACUUAUGUAUGUUUCAUUAACAUAAUUUAAGUUGUUACAAUUUUAUAAAUAAAUAUAUAUAAAAUAAAAUUAA